UGUGCGGUCAAGUUUGGCUCGCCGCGCAGGAAAGAUACAUCAUGGAAACGACGUGGAAAGAGCUGAAGAAGAACCUCAGCGUCAUUGAGAAGGCAGUGAACGCGAAUCAGAAGGAGAAACUUGCGCGGGUGUUUCGCACGACGACCUCGGUUCGUCGGGGCAUAACCAGUGUCGAGCUCAAGCGUGCGAUCGAAGAAGUGCUGGCUGAGGACAACGAAAGUCGCUCGGUGUUAAUCAAGUACGUGUCGUUGGUGAAACCCGACGAGUCAGAAGAUGUGGACAUGAAUGCGGGAGAAACCGACCCUGUUGUCGGCGACGUCGAGAAGGACGACGACUCAAACGUCCACCUCGAUCGCAGCGACUUGAUCGAAGUCGAAAUCUACCUGAGUUUGCUCGUCAUCUCCAAGUUGUUCAAAGCCCAGCUCGGUUGCGAAUCCCAAGCGCUCACAGACUUUGUCCGUGCGCGAAGCGAGGAAUUCAAUCGCCGUAGCCUCGACAUCUUUGCCUCGCGCGCGUUGACGUACUACGCGUACGCACAUGAGCGAUUUGGCAGCAACUACGCUGGCAUUCGCCCCGUGUUGCUUGCGGCCCAUCGCACGGCCUGCCUUCGCAGCGACGAGAUCGGCCAAGCUACAUUGCUCAACUUGCUCCUACGCAACUACCUUCACGAGAACCUGUACGACCAAGCGUUCAAGUUAGUGUCCAAGACGACAUUCCCUGAAGCUGUGUCGAACAACCAGUUCGUUCGCUACUUGUACUACGUCGGCAAGAUUCAUGCCGUGCAGCUCGACUACACAGACUCGUAUACGAAGUUGAUGCAGUCGAUCCGCAAAGCUCCGCAGAACACGGCCGUUGGCUUCCGUCGCACUGUGCACAAGCUCGCGAUCAUCGUGCAGCUGCUCAUGGGCGAAGUCCCCGAGCGCAGCAUUUUCAACCAGGACGAGUUCAAAAUUGCGCUUGAGCCGUACUUGAAACUUACGAAUGCGGUGCGUCUCGGUAAUUUGGAAGAUUUCUCGUCGGUACUGGCGCAGCACGCUGACACGUUCAAGUCGGACAAAACGUACACGCUUAUCUUGAGAUUGCGCCACAAUGUCAUCAAGACGGGUCUGCGCAAAAUCAACACGUCGUACUCCAAGAUCCGUUUCACGGACAUUUGCGCCAAGCUCGCGUUGGACACGCCUCAGAACGCCGAGUUUGUUGUGGCCAAGGCCAUCAAGGACGGUGUGAUCGAUGCGGUGAUUGACCACAAGAACGGAUGGAUGCAGUCCAAGGAAACCGUGGAUGUCUACGUGACGAACGAGCCACAGCAAGCGUUCCACAAGCGCAUUACGUUUUGCUUAGAUGUGCACAACGAGGCGGUCAAGGCGAUGCGCUACCCACCGGGAGCGUACAAGAAGGACUUAGAGUCGGCAGAGGAACGGUUGGAACGUGAGAAGCAAGAGGAGGAGUUGGCCAAAGAAAUUGAAGAUGAGCUGGACGAAGGCAUCUAAGUGGCAUCGCCUUUUGAGUUGGGUGUGGACACGACAGACAGCUUCACAGACUAAAACAACGACUUUAUGCUGCUUGUGACCUGGUGCAAUGGCAAGAAAUCGGAUUUGAGGAGAGUUCGGGUUGACGAAGGAAUUGUUAACUGGUUAGAUGACUUCGGCAGUCCCUUGGUUGGUCUUGCCACCCUUCUUCUGGAAUGAACUGUUACCGCGGGCAACGCUAGGUAAAUCAGCUUCGCUCAGACUCUUCUCGCGCAGCAGUCGCGCGUACUCGACCGAGUGCUUCUUGGAGAUUCGACGCCCCAGGACGAGCAUGUACACCGAUAGACCGACUUCCAUUGUCAGCGUCAUGAGAGCGAUGACAGUGUAUCCUUGGAGCUUCAGACAGCUCGUGCUCGAGAGGUUGUGAUCUAGGGCAUUCGCAUCACAAUACUUGCUGAAAUCGACACCCGAGAGGAACGGCUCGAGCAAAAUUGAGAUGGUUGCGAUCGUCGUGACAAUUAGUCCGAUGUGAAGUACGUAGAAGAACUUGGACCCAUGGCGCUGGAGGACGUUGAGGCAGGGACAGCAUUCCCUCAGCGUGUACAGGAAUGCAUACGUGAUAGAAUAUAAUGCGGUGACCAAGUACAACGCGAGCACGGCGAGGCCGACUUCACGGGUAACAGCGAUCGCAGGGAGAAUCGUAAGCGCUUGCAGGCUCAGCACAAUCAACAACACGCACUCGUCCAGGAUGAUGCACAUGGCGUUGCGGCUUGAGGAAUGCCGCCGAUGAUGGAGUUGCCCUAUUGUUCCAG